AUGAAAGUCCCAACCAUCGCACCAAUCGCCAUCAUCGGUGGAGGCCCAUGUGGUCUGAUCCUCGCCCGUCUACUCGAAACUGCAUGUAUCAACUAUGUUGUUUUCGAGCGCGACGCCUCACCAUCAUCAGCCGUCAAAAGUCAAGGCGGCACUCUCGACAUUCAUCCCACAACGGGUCAGGAAGCCCUUCGUCGCGCAGGUCUUCAUGAUCGAUUCAAGUCUCUUGCUCGCUACGAUGCCACCACAAUGACAUUAAUGGAUUCCCGAGGACAAUUUCGGUCCAUUUUAGGAGGUGAUGUCGACGUUGAUGGAAGCGAUAGACCAGAAAUCGAUCGUCAGCAGUUGCGGCAGAUUUUACUCGACUCCAUUCCUGCUGAACGUAUUCGUUGGGGCAAGAUAACGGAUGAUGUUGAGCGUAAGGGAAACUCUGGUUGCAAAAGCACCCGCGACUAUACGCUUAGAUUCCGCGACGGAUCAACCGAAACUGGAUUUCGAAUGAUUGUUGGAGCAGACGGUGCAUGGAGCAAAGUCCGAUCUGUUAUUACUGACGCCAAGCCCCAAUACUCUGGCAAGGCCUUCAUAGAAGGCCGGAUAUCUCCGGGCAACUCAGCAUACCAGUUGGCAGAACAAAUGGCCGGUAAAGGAACGGCAAUGGCCAUGAGCGCCAAGGCUACCCUUGCGGUACAACAAAUGUCUGAUUCAUCCUACCGAAUGUACAUGGGAUUAUUAUGCCCUGAGUCUCUGACGCUCCCUGGUGGCGAUGCCGACCCCUCCGACAUAAAAAAAGCACGAAACAUGAUGCUUGGACCUGGAGGCUUCUUUGAAUCCUGGAGAGAGGACUUGAGAACUUUGAUCGGGGCCGCUGAAGUUCCAUGGCGUCCUUGGCCACUUUACCGUCUCGACAAAAACCUCUUUUCUGAAGCAAAUAGUCAACAUCGCUGGACCCGAGCUCCUGGAGUUGUUUUACUUGGCGACGCAGCACAUUUGGCUGCUCCAAACGGCGAAGGCGUGAACCAGGCGAUGUACGACUCUCUGGUACUAUUCGAUCAAAUUCUAGCGGAAGUCGGUGCUGUUCAAGAAGGAACCUACAACCAAGAAGCCGACACAGAAGCUUUGGAGAGAGCAAUUGCUGCCUAUGAGAAGGAGAUGAAGCCCCGCGCUUAUGAGCAUAUUCAGAGCAGUAUCGAUAUGGAGACAUUGAUGUAUAAUGAUGAUGGAGCGCAGCAGAUGAUAGCAGCUUUUGCUGAGGAGCAUGGUUCAAAAUGA